GGGACAACGCAUCAACACGCGCCACCAUGUAACUGAAACUGAUAACAGAAAAUGAAACAAACGGUUUCAUGGUUGGUUGAGCAGUUAAAAACAGAAAAAGGGUUUUAGGCCGUUCUUGAUCUUCUUUUACUAUAAACCCUAAUCCCAUUUGCAGUAUUUUUUUUCUUUAUCGAAGCUCCGUUAAUUGGUUUCCGAUUUCCACUCGAUCCAUUUUGUUUCCCACGAUGCAAGAAGAUAACGAAGAUGACUAUUUUGGUACUUGGGAAUAUGUGAACAAAAGAAUGAUAUGGAUGCAAAGGAAGAAGAAGCAGUUUUCACUCUCCCAUCUCCACCUCCAACAACGAACGCCGCCAACUCCUCAACUCGACCGAAUCAGUGAAUUACCUGAUCACCUCCUUCACCACAUUCUGUCCUUCAUGCCCAUGCAAAUGGCUAUCCAAACCAGCGUCUUAUCAACAAGGUGGCGCCAUCUCUGGAAACACACGCAGGUUGUCGAUUUCCACACUUUACCUCUCUCUUUUUGGGAGAGUGUUGAUUACUCUCCCAUUAGCCGCUCCUUGGACCUCAUUGAAUCUCCUGCUAUCGAAUCAUUUACCGUUGUUGGCCACGUUGGCUUCCAUUCUCACCCCCACCUAGGCAAAUGGGUCGAUUUUGCACUCUCCAGAAACGUCCAUACUUUAAGGAUAGGUCUCAUGUCAUCGUUUCCUUCGACGAGAUUCUUUAAGUUGCCAGAAUCUCUUUUUACCAAUAAUGGUCAAACUCAAAAGCUGGAGGUUCUUUUUUUAAGCUAUAUGGACUAUACACCACCUCCUGGGGUGACUUUUUCUGGUUCUGGGUUUGCUUCCCUUCACACACUUGUUCUUGCAAAAUGUAAACUUGAUGACCGGACUGUGGAGUUGCUUCUUCUUGAAUGCUUGGUUCUUGAGGUUUUGGUCCUUGAUAGGUGUGUGGAGCUUGCUAAUGUCAACAUCAGGGGUCCAAAUCUUAAGCUGCAACACCUUGCUUUCAAGUGGUAUAAAGAUAACCAUAAUGAUGGGGAGUUUAGGUUAUUAGACGUUGAUACUCCAGGUCUUUUAACCUUGAUUUACUCGGGUGACUUAACCAACAUUCGUUUGAAGAACUGUCAGGGAUUUGGGAAAAUAAUCCUGCUAGGGAAGGAAGAAAAAAUUAAUGAGGCAAAUAUUGACCACAUUAGAGAAUUGAUCAAUCAAGUCACUCAAGUGAGGACUUUGGGUGUGAAUUCUCAGUUUCUUCAGUUCGUGGCGAAAGAGUACUACAUGAAGGGCAACCCAAUAUCCUUAGAAUUCGAAAAUCUUGAGCAUCUGUUUUGGUACGGUUCACUGGGGUCUUCAAAUGAUGUUUACAACCUUGUUUCCUUCAUAGGGGAUUGCCCUUUUCUUGAGAAUUGUGCAAUAGAUUUUCGGGAGCAAUGUUGGCCUGCAUUCUGCUCCAUCGUACGGGAAUGUAAUGUGAAGCCUGAAUUUGUCGAGGUGGAGGGCGCACUUCAUCAGCUGUAUCAUGGAGGUUGUCUGAGAAAGCUGAAAUCAAUUAUUGUGAUAUGCUUUUCAGGAUUCGAUGGUGAAAUGAUGCUGGUGAGGUUGUUGUUGGAAAAGGCUGUGAAUCUUCAAAAACUGGAAUUGCUCUGGCGGAAUUAUCCUGUUGACAUGACUGACAAUGUGUUGCAAAAUAUUGUUUGUAUAUCGGACGAAGCCCCAGAUGUUGUAGAGGAUUUACAGGAAGAUUCAAUUAAAGAAAAGGUCAAUAGUUUUCCUAAAGCUUCUCGUGAUGUCCAAGUCCAAUUUAGUCACAGAUGGGAAUACCACAACUGGUAUAGUAGUUUUGGCGUUUAG